CUGGACGCACAGCGUAAACUCCCGUCAGCUCUUACUUCUCCGCAUCGCUUCUGUGGUUGUUUGUUCGCUAACUUUAGCCAUGUUUCCCCCAGUCUAAUUUGUUUGACACUUCAGGCAGCAGCAGGUCGUCUUGUGUGACAUACGGGCGAUCUUUCGUGUCACAUGUUGGCUCUUGUGACAGCGGAGCUGUGUCACUUCCCACUCAGGAAGUAGAUAAGAAGCUAGCUAGCCCCUCGUAGCUAAGUGGCUAACAGCUGUUCAGCUUUCAGGAGAAUAACGUCGCUGUGAGGCAGCCAACCAGGCAGUAAGCUUCUAUGACCUACGACUGUCCGUCCCGAUCAGAAGAUGUAUCCGCCUUCAAGAAAGGACUUCAUCUCUCUGACACUCAGUGACCCACACAGUCAUGCUUACAACAAUGGCAAACACCGGAGACAGUCCUGCUGGAGGAAAUGGAAGCAGCUGUCUCGGCUCCAGCGAAGCCUCAUCUUCUUCCUGCUGGCGCUGCUGCUCAUAUUUGGACUGCUCUCGUAUCCCAGCCUCUCAGAGCAGUGGAGAGGGUUGUCUGACAGAGAGGACUGGCUGGAGCUAAACGACAGAGAGUUGAAGACCAUUCUUCCCGAAGUGAAGUCCCUGUUGGGUCAAGCUGGAGACAAAGCUCCUGGUCCUGUGGCAGGGCCUAAUCUUGGGCCAGAUGUGGGUCAAGGUGCUGGUGCAGGUCCCGGUGCGGGUCCCGGUGCAGGUCCCGGUGCAGGUCCCGGUGCAGGUCCUGGUGCGGGUCCUGGUGCAGGUCCCGGUGCAGGUCCCGGUGCAGGUCCCGGUGCGGGUCCUGGUGUGGGUCCAGGUGCGAUGGCAGAGCCCAGAGGACCAAACAUCCCCAUGCUGGCUAAACCUCCUACUAAGAAAAAGACAUUCCCAAACAAGAGGGGUCCACCGAGCCUGCAGAAAGAAGGAAAUAUUUCUGACACAGUUGGUGGGGAAAACCACAAAGAGGUGGUUCAAGAUGGAGAAGGAGAGGAGGAGGACAAAGAAAAGAAGCUUGUCAGCUGGAGGGGAGCGAUGAUCGAAGCCGACCAGGCCACAGAGCCUCCACCCUCAGCCGAUGAGAAAGAUGCUGCGGCUGCCCUAGCCCCGGCCAACACUGUCCCACUGGAAGUUUCAGCUGGAAGUGUGGACAGACUGGAGGCAGUACGUGAUGCCUUCAGACAUGCAUGGAAAGGCUACAAGGACUACGCCUGGGGUCACGACGAGCUCAAGCCCAUCUCCAAGUCUUUUGGCGAAUGGUUCGGACUGGGUUUGACUCUCAUUGAUGCUCUGGACACCAUGUGGAUUAUGGGCCUCAAAGAAGAGUUUGCAGAUGCAAAGAACUGGGUGGAGAAACAGCUCACCUUCAGCAAGAACGUGGACGUGAACCUCUUUGAGACAACCAUCCGUGUCCUCGGAGGCCUGCUGAGCACUUACCAUCUAACAGGAGACCAACUCUUCUUAGAGAAAGCUAAAGAUCUCGGGUCCAGGUUGAUGCCUGCCUUCAAAACUCCCUCAAAGAUUCCGUUCUCAGAUGUCAACAUCGGGAAGGGAACGGCCCACCCGCCUCGAUGGACAUCCGACAGCACCCUGGCUGAGGUCACGAGCAUUCAGCUGGAAUUCAGAGAGCUGAGCCGCCUCAUCCAGGAGCCACAGUACCAGGAGGUUGUGAAUGAGGUAAUGAAGCUCGUCCACAAGCUGCCAGGCAAACAAGAUGGCCUGGUGCCCAUGUUCAUCAACACCAACAGUGGACAGUUCACACACAAAGGAGUCUUCACGCUUGGUGCCAGGGCAGACAGCUACUAUGAAUACCUGCUCAAGCAGUGGAUCCAGGGAGGCAAAACGGAAGACGAACUGUUGGAGGACUACCUUCAGGCCAUAGAGGGAGUAAAGAAACACCUUGUGAGACAGACGGGGCCCAGCAGACUGACCUUUGUUGGAGAGUUGUCUCAUAACCGCUUCAACCCCAAAAUGGACCACCUCGUGUGCUUCCUGCCAGGAACCUUGGCACUGGGGGCCCACAACGGCCUCCCGGGCGACCACAUGGACCUGGCUGUGGAGCUGAUGGAGACGUGUCACCAGAUGUACAAACAGAUGGAGACGGGGUUGAGCCCGGAGAUCGUGCACUUCAGCCUGCAGGCCAGUGACGGCAGAGACGUUAUUGUCAAGCCUGCAGACAGACACAACCUGCUGAGACCAGAAACAGUGGAGAGUCUGUUCUACAUGUACCGAUUCACCAAGGACACCAAGUACAGAGACUGGGGAUGGGACAUACUGCAGAGCUUCAAUAACUACACAAAGGUGCCUGAUGGUGGCUACACGUCCAUUAACAACGUCCGUGACCCCGUUAACCCCGGGCCCCGGGACAAGAUGGAGAGCUUCUUCCUGGGUGAGACGCUGAAGUAUUUGUAUCUGCUCUUCUCUGACGACAUGGAGCUGCUCAGUCUAGACAAGUACAUCUUCAACACAGAGGCCCAUCCCCUCCCCAUAUGGCCCUCUCCACCAAAGUGAUGUCACCACACAGGAGAAGUCUGUAACGAUUAGGUCCACAGAGUCCUGUGCGAGUCCAAGACUGUUAUUGCUGCUCAGUCGGGCGCAUCUCUUAAACAACCGUCCACGCUGGACUGCAGUGUGAGCAGUGAGGCACAUCAGUGCCGUCCACUUGUACUUUGAUACGUUUCCAUGUGGAGGAGUUUAUUUUGUUUUGUUUAGUUUUCGCUUUUUCCUUGUUUUUCCUAAGGAAAAUGUUUGUGUUAGAGCUGGUCUCUAAUAUAAGAAAAAACAAACACUUUUUUUAAAAUCAGUUGUUACAAGCUGGCACUAAAAGUAGACAAGACAGUUGAGGUGUGAAGGAUUUAUUACUGUAUUUGGAUGACUGGUAAAGUGUAUAUGUGUGUGGUAACAACAAUCAAGUCUUCCCUGAGUUUGUCUUUUCCAUGCGAGGUCUCCACCAAGCUCUGCAUAGACCGGUUCAUUCGGUUAAACAACAGAUGUGUGAAGGUGCAGUAAGCAAUAAUGGAAAUCUGUAGGGCAUUGUUAGUAGAUUAGAAGUUAUCUGCUCUGGUUGAGAAAUCGCAUAUUAUGUUGUAAAUGUAUUGGUUUGGCAUCAGCUAGUGAGCUUUUUUCUUUUCUUAUAUUUCCAUGGUGUAGGGGUGGGUGAUCUGAUGACUACAGAUCAUGAUCAAUCUCGAAGACGCCCGCAGUUUCUUUCAGGUGAAUCGUAGAGAUCAUGGUGUUUAAUUUUCUCUUACCUCUGUUUUAUAACUUCAUAUACCCUCAGUGAGUACAGGGUCUGCGCUGUGUGAACGAGGAGGCAAUGCUCAUUGGGCAAAUUAUUUCACUUGGCACUUCUUUUGGUGAGACACUGUAAAUAAAGCAUUGUGAGUUAUAGCCGCAUGGCGGAUGAGGAGCUUGUGCCAAAAAAGAACUAUCUCUGAUGCGAUAUUGUGUUUUAAUGUUGCAAGAGGAGAAAUUUAUAGGCCUCAAUUGCGAAAAAGGUCACGAUUUAGAUCUUGAAUUGUGAUUAAAUAGAUAGUGAUACGAUUUAUUGUCCAGUUCUCCUACUGAUAUUAAAUUAAAGUAUUAGGAACAACCCAAGAGCUACACAAAUGCAGUUAUUUAAAACGUUUUUGGAGAAGCCUGUUUUUUUUUUUUCAUUAGUUUUUGUUUUCCAGACAGAUGUAUUUAAAUGUUCUUAAGAUGGUUGUUUUUGGCUGGUUUUAACGGUUACUCUCACCAAGAAGGGACAGUUACAGAAAUUCUGAAACCCCAGAAGGCGCUGAUAGAUACUUGACAUCACAGUUGCUUACUUGUAUAUAUGUAGCAGUAAUUAUUUUUGACGCUGAGGAAAUUAAAGGUAGAAUGCAUUAAAGCUUACUGCACAUUAACACCUCCUGUGUUUUUAAUGGGAAAUCUGGUUGUUGUUUACUGAGCUUUUUCAUUUAGUGACGUGGUGAGUAGUGGUGGGUUUAAGUCAUCUCUGUUUGAAUGUGUGUUAAAGGUCGACUGAAUGAAUCAGUCUGGGCGAAACACCUAAAGACGUCUUGUUUCAUUGAUGAAUGUAAGCAUUUGUUCUGUGAUUUAUUUUUUUUUAUGUAACAUUUUGUCACAGCACUCGUCAGUAAGUGCAUCUCCAUGCACUCUAACUCCGGCUUUUCAUCCUGAUAUUCUAGUCACACUUGUUUUACACUAUAAAGGGGGAUUGAUUAAGGCUGCCAUGCAGUCUUAAAUCUGCAGUUGCUGUGAAGUCCAUUCAAAGUAAACCGACUGGGCACAUUAUCAUUUCCUGUGUCAGGGACAAUACACAUUCGUCCUCUUUUUCCACAGGCGACUUGCUCAAAGAAUGAAGUUUUGUUCAAUUGUUUUCUUCAUACUUGAAGGAGUUUGAUUCAUUGCUGUUUAGCAAAGCCUGACUCCCCUGUCAAAUGUGAUGUAGAGCAGUGUGGGAGCGCUUGUUUUCCACACAGUAGCGUUGACAAACGAAUUUGAAGGACAUUUCCAUUGUACUGGAGGUGCUGCUGUGGAGAUGACUGAACCACUAUUCCACUAUCACUUUCAACUCUUCAGCCCAGAAGGAUCCGAAUUUUGGAUCGUUUUAAAACCGACCGCCAUGUUGAAGUCUUAACCGUCAUUGUUAAUGAACUUCUGUCCAACAGAGAGCCAUAUACUGACCCACAUCAUUGAAUGUGCACUACAUUUGCCAAUGCUCUGCUGUGCCUAUUGAUAUAUAUAUUGUGCUCUAGAUGUGUGGUUCUGUUUUUUAAUUGCUGCUGUAUCAGUGGUGUUUAUUUGUGAAGUGCUAUGAGUGGAAGAUAGAGGUAUGGCUUGUAUUUUUACUUUGGAUGGGCAGGUGACAAAAAAAUAUGGGUGUAAAUAUUUUGUGCAUUUGUGUUUCUAACUUGUCUACUGAAUCCAGCCUGAGUUCCUGAUGAUUAUUAUUGAGCCCUUUCUGGUCUUAACGUUCUGUGCCAUCAUGUCAAAGAUUUUCUGUUUCAAGCAG